AGAGCGGCGAGGCAAGACCAAGUUGGCAUCGCCGAGAUGGGGCUUAAAAUAACAUUUUUCAGUGUCCCCAAAUUGUAAAUACUUUCGGAUGUCAAAAUAUUCAAAGGGCUGUUAGGAAGGCCAUAACGACCGAGGGAGUUGUUUGAGGCCCGACGAAAGAAUAAUAAUCUUUCCGCGGUCCUUAUGGUCCUUAUUAACAGCACGUGAAGAAAAUAUGCCUACCGACUCCUGAAGAUGUUCGACAAGAAACUCUGGCCCACCAUAAUCUAUACGGUGAUUCUCUUCGGCCUUUGCGUCACUGUAUGGCAACUAAGAACUGAUUCUGACCACGUGACCGAAUACAGUGCAAUACAGUAUAAUGUGUACACGACCAACACUACGGGAUACUCUUAUCCUCUCCAAACCCUCCCUCACGAUGACUACCAUCGACUCAUCAACCUCAAAAAUUUUACUUUCACAAUCUUCAACAACCCUUGUAAUGAGUCGAACCCAACCCUUCUCAUUUUGGUCCACUCUAACCCGAAGAAUUUCGAGAAAAGGAAGAUAGUGAGGGAGACUUGGGGCAAAAACACCCCUCAAGUCAAGGUUCUCUUCAUAAUCGGUUUGGUGAAAAUUCGUCGGUUGAAAAUGCAACUCCAGAAGGAAAACGAAGAGUUUGGAGACUUGAUUCAAGGUUCUUUCUACGACGCUUAUCGAAAUAUGACUUACAAACACGUCAUGGUGUUGAAAUACGCCAUCUAUCACUGUCCACAAGCGAAAUAUAUCCUCAAGACUGACGACGACGUGUUCGUUAACAUGCCCCUCAUGUUGAACUUUUUGAAUUUGGAUUUGUCGCCGUUUGGGGGCUCCCGGAUGAUUUUUUGCACUUUGAGGAAGAACAGUCCGGCGAUGAGGAGUUGGAGGUCGAAAUGGAGGGUCUCCUUCAAGGAGUACCCGGAUAAGGUGUACCCCCCUUACUGCCCGGGCUGGGCUAUUAUUUACUCCCCCGACGUGGUUUUCGAAUUGUACCGGGAGGCCCAAAAAACCGACUACUUCUGGAUUGACGACGUUCAUAUCACUGGGACUCUCGUGGCUAAAAUUCACUUAUCACACGUCAAUAUUGAUAGUUUGGUGUUGGAUAGAAAAGAGCAGACUGAUGCUUUGCACCAACCCUCGAGAUGUAACCGGACGUUUCUCUACGGGGCUCCGAAUAUGAAUAAUCGGGAGAUUAAAGCGUUGUGGGAGUGUGUGAAGACACGUGAGGUCCACGUGUCGCUCCUUAAAUAUAUCACGUAAAAGUAUUACCUCGAUGGAUAAUCAAAACUUUCGACAGAUGCAAGACUGUCCUAUAGGUACUAGAAAUUUAAGACUGUCAGAAAAACGGCCAAAGUAGUAAAUUUUAGAAUCUAGUUGAAGUGCCUAUGGUUCUUGAAUUCGUGCAAUACGUUUCAAAGUAUUAUUGUUAUAUCGUGUGAUUCAAAAAAUUGUAAUAUUAGUUACAAGUUUUUUGAUGAUUAUGUCGAAAGGGUCCAUGUAAUUAGUACCUAAUUAGCUUGGUUUUUUGAUAGUUUGAAAGCGAACGGUGUGUUUUGUAAGUUUGAAUGAAGCUAAAAGAGGUCUGUUUUGAGUACAAAUGAUUUUGUUGUGUUGUUUAAAAUCCUAUUACAUUUGUUAUCACUACAAAGAAGGUACAAUUAUUAGUCAAGUAGAAUAUUUUAUUAUUACAUCACAUAGGAUUAUAUUCAGAAUUUCGGAAUUAUUGUUGAAAAUUUUAUUAAAUUAAAAUGUUACUAAUAUUACUGUGUACCUACUCAACUUUAAAACUACAUAAUAUAAUUAUAUGAAAAUGUGCCAAGUUCAAAAUUAAAUGCAAUUGGUUAAUUACUGUUUUUUUUUACAUCACGCACA